GGGGUCGGGAUUCCUAAGGAUUACCCGUCAUGCCCCGCGGGUAAAGAUGGCGACAGCUGAGCGGAGCAGCAGAUGAACUUUCUCUCUGAUCGGAGAGGGACUCUGAGUAGAAGCUCUGCCGGACACGGAGCCUCUCAGGCGGCUGCUGGUCGCUGCUCCUCCCGCUGAUCCUCCACCAGCUCCUCCUGGUCCUCCUUCAGCCGGACCUCAGCGCUCCUCCCCGGCCUACAGACCCACCGGAGCUCCGGUAAAGUUUCCUCUCCGCCCUCCGGGACCGAGCCGCGCUGCCCGGCCUCACAGGUUGUCCCGAGGACGAGGCUCACAUGCUCAGAGGAGGAGGAAGACGACCGAGUGAGUGAGGACGGACGCUGCAGAGACGAUGAAGAGUUUCCUGUGCUGACGUACAAGGUGUUUCUGUGGAUGAAGUCAGCUGUGGAGCAGCUCACCUUUCAGGACUGACAGACCGACAGCGAGGAAGGAAGUAGGGCCCAGGAUGACGAGCGCGGCCCCGGCCAGGAAGCCGUACCGUAAGGCUCCGCCACAGCACCGCGAGACGCGCCACGCCCUGCCCGUUGCUCAGCCUCCACCUGCGCCGCAGCCCGACAUCAAUCAGGAGGCGUUAUCGGACUCUGAGCGGAUCAGAAUCCUCCAGCAGCAGAAUGAGGACCUGCAGCGCCGCCUCUCUCUCUCCAACCACAAGAUGGAGGCCAUGGAGGCGGAGUUUGACGGCAGCCGUCACUACAUGGAGGCGGAGCUCAGCCGGACCAGAGACGACCUGGACAAGAUGAGGGAUAAGUUCCGCAGACUCCAGAACAGCUACACGGCGUCUCAGAGAGCCAAUCAGGACCUGGAGGAGAAGCUCCACGCUCUGGCGGCCGUCAGUCAGACAUGGGUUCAUGCACUACGGAAAGUGGAGAGGGACAAAAAGACGAUGGACCAGGAGAUCGUCGAGCUCACCAACAAGCUGCUGGACGCCAAGAACGCCAUUGACCGGCUGGAGGAGCUCAACGAGCGUUACAGACAGGACUGUAAUCUCGCCGUCCAGCUGCUCAAAUGCAACAAGUCGCAUUUCAGGAACCACAAGUUCGCUGAUCUGCCCUCUGAGCUGCAGGACAUGCUGAACAAACACAUGAAGAACAGCCUGCCGGAGCGAGGCCCCGCCUCCGGCCCUCAGGACCCGGACACACUCAGUCUGACGCCUGCGGACGUCGUGCCGACCUCCGUCAUCGCCCGCGUCCUGGAGAAACCCGAGCCGCUGGUCUUGAAUUCGGCCCAGUCCAGCAGCUGCAGCCGACCUGUCGCCGAGGACGUCUUCGUGCACGUGGACAUGACGGGCCCCUCUAGCGCCGAGGCCCGCGGCCGGGAGAACGGCGGUCAGGAGGCGGCGCAGCAGAACGGUUCCUGUCGCAGUCAGAGCAGUAUGGACGGGCAUUCGGGCGGCGAGGAGGUGGUGGGGGCUCAGUCCUUCGAAAAGCUGAACCCGUACCCGGCGCCGCCGCCCCCCCACCCGCUCUACCCCGGCCGCAAGGUCAUCGAGUUCUCGUCAGACGACAAAGUGAAGAUCCCCAAAAACUCGCCGCUGCCGAACUGCACCUACGCCACACGGCAGGCCAUCUCUCUGAGCCUCGUCCAGAAUGACGAUGAGCGCCUGGCCCCCGGCAGCCCCGCCCCCUCCUCCUCUUCCGGCGGGGGGGUCCCCCAUCGCACGCCACCGUCACAGCGGGACGCCACCAGCGAGCCGCUGUCCAGCCAGUCAAGCCCGUUCAGCAGCCCGCCACAGGCCCUCAGCGUCCUGGCGAGCUCCGGCAGCUCCGAGGAGGACCUGCUGGCCAACUGGCAGCGCAUGUUUGUGGAGAAAAUGGCGCCGACGGACGGCUCACUUGCUCACCGCACGUCAUUCAGCAGUCAGACGGCUCAGGAGCUGCAGAGGAGGAGGCCCACGCCGGGGGGCGGGGCUUCGUCCUCCUCCGACCGCCACAGAGCGGCGUACUCGGACGGCGAGGAGGGCUCGUCGGCGCGGAGCUGGACGCCGAGCCGCGGGUCCAGCCUCGACACCGACACCGACACUGAGCCUCGGUCCGGCAGGAGGGGGCGCUACGGCGGCGACGGCUCCACGGACGAUGGCGAGAGGCUGCUGAUGAACCUGGAGGACGACGGCGGCAGCGGGGACACGGCGGUCACCGUGGCGACCAGCCCUGCCGAGGCCCGCAGGAAGGAGCUGGAGGAGGAAGAUGAGGAGGAGGAGAGCUCUGCCGAGGAGAGAGACGUCCUCCCCCACGACCUCCCCGUCAUCUCGCCACGCCUCAUGGACUUCGACCCCGCCCUCGCUGCCGCCGCUGCUCCCCAACAGCGUCCGCAGAGGAGCCCGAAGAGGAUGGGCGUGCACCACCUACACCGCAAAGACAGCCUGACCCGAGCCCAGGAGCAAGGCACGCUGCUGGACUGACACCCGCCGCUGCCGCUGUCUGUUCCCACGGCAACCAAGUCAGAGGUCACGCCCAUCCAGGAUAUAGCCAUGCUCUACCGUAUGCUGCCGCGGCGUGCACGUGUAUGUGUGUGUGUGUGUGUGUGAUAUUAUAACAUCAACUGUAAUUAUUAGUAAAUAAAAACUUUAUUUUUCUGUAAUCAGAUUAAAUUCUAACAGUAUUUUUUAAAGAUUAAUGAGAAUCAGAAAACAAAUUUUCUUCCAUUUGUCACAUUUGUAUUGAUUAUUAAUAAUCUAAAUUAAUCUAAAAAUCACAGAGAACACGAUGUGGACUGCCGCCAUCAUCUGAGACCCGAAAAAAAACAAGUAACACUAAAGAGAUUAAUGUUCUUCACCAGAGUUACAUAUUAAUAAAUGUGGAAAAUUUCACUAAAUCCUCAGAAAAUCCAGAGUCUGGUUGGUGGUGUCCAACAUAAACUACAUCACGUUGAUUAUUGGAGAUUAAAAGAUCAAUAAUCAGUAUUAUAAUCAAUAUUAAAGCGUAGUGUGUGUGUGUGUGUGUGUGUAUGUAUGUGUGUGUGUGUGUGUAUCGGGUUGUUUGUCAGAGAAGAAGAAAAAGAAGAAGAAAAGAAUAGAAACUAAAACAAAGUCAAAACUUUUCGGACGUCUUUGCCUUGAUUCCCGACGGGAAGCUUUUAUUUUGAAGAGAACCGAUGAGACACACCUGGAUGAACACACUCUCACCCUCUCAGUGCCUAUCACUCCCUCACUCUCUCUCUCUCUCUGGAAGGUUGUGAGUACGACGCCGGGCCUGCUGAAGGUCAGACUUUUAUUUUCUCGUCUCUACUAGUUGAUUUCCUGUGAUGUCAUAAUUUAGUCACCUGACUGGUUUUGUUUUCUUCAUCUGGAGUAUGAAUCCAUUAUUAUUAUUGUUGUUAUUAUUAUUAUUAUUAUUAUUAUUAUUAUUAUUAACAGAUAGUUUUAUCAUUUCUCUGUUGGUUGUUUUGUUGUUUUGUUUUUCUGUUGACGUGUAGUCACGCUGCUACGGAAGCCUGUUAGUGCCACAAACACCUGAAGAUGAUGAUUUCAAUCGGGACAAAUCAAUAUUUUUUAAAUCUGAUCAGUUAUUAGAUGUCAGUGAACGAGGAACAUGAAGAUGAAGAAGUGAAUCAUGAUGAAUUUAAUACGACCCCGUUUACACUCUGUUAACGUGCUGAAUGUCAAAAAUCAAACUAAUCAGGAAAUAUUGAUGUGUGUAUGUUUUACAGAGUUUUACAGGAAAGCUGCCAGAUUAGAUGAUUUAAGACCAAGUUUGAUUGAUUUAUGAUCGAGUCAACUGAGACACUUCAGGUGUAAACGGGGUCAGAGUUAAUAAUAUACAUUAAUAAUAAUAAUAUAUAAUAAUCAUCUCUAGUGUUUUUGGCCUUCCUGAGCUUCCGUACUUUAACCUCACUUAGUUGUUGUCUGCGGUCGUUGUCGCUGGUUGAAUGUUGGCUCGUUGCCUUCCUCUCAGCUCUGAUUGUGACGCUCACCGACGACCAAUGAUCACUGAUUGAUCCACUGAUUGAUUGAUUCACUGACCGAUUGAUUGAUUGACUGUCAGAGUCAUUAGAUUUCAAACCUGAACACUGAACUGUUUUUCUUUGUUUUCUCAGCAGUGUUUCAUGUUUUUUCACAGGAAGUAGAAGUAUUGAUUGUAUAUUGAUCAGCCCUGUUGGAAUGUCAAGAGUUUGUAUUAAAGCGUCAGUCUGUGAUCAGUAUUGAUCUCAACUGGUUUCAUCAUUACUUAAUUGAUUAAUUAGUCUUUAAAGCAUAAGAAUUAUAUUUUAAAUCAAAUUAAUAACCUAUCAAAGUAGUAUUGAGUAUUGAUCCGGUUUAUCACAAGCACCAAUCACAGACUGAAGCUUCAUGACCAUCACUUCUGGUGCAUUAUGGGAUGUACGUGCUGUUAGAGUGCAUGAUGGGACACAGACGACGAUAAAACUUUAUUCACACGUUUACAGCUUAGCAGGAAACAAAUAUUAAAUGCAUCAAAAUAA